AUGUACAGCCACCUUAAUCGCGCGCGUCAUCUACCGAAAAAGAAAUCAAAAGGAGAAGGAAAAAAUAAAGCCAAAGGAGAAGGAAAAAAUAAACCCAAAGGAGAAGGAAAAAAUAAACUCAAAGGAGAAGGAAAAAAUCAACCCAAAGGAGAACGGAAAAAUAAAGCAAAAACAUAUAUUUGCGAUCAAUGUGGCAAUCAUUUUAAGUGCCCUACUCAUUUCCGUUCACAUCUUAGACGACAUACUGGGGUAAAACCCGUGCAAUGCGACAUUUGUCCAAGUAAGUUUUUCACCGAAGGCGAACUUAAGCGCCAUAUGCGGCGUCAUACAGGAGAGCGUCCAUUCCCUUGCCAAUAUUGCCCACGACAUUUCAGCGACUAUAGCUCACGAAUUAAACACGAACGUACUCAUACAAACGAGCGUCCCUUUAAGUGCCCACAAUGCGAUAAAGCUUUCACAGCAUCCUAUGUGUUGAAAAAUCACAUGCUGGUGCAUACUGGUGAACGCCCCUUGAAAUGUGUGCCGUGUGAUAAGUUUUUUCAACUUCCAACCCAUAUCAGUACACAUAAUCGUACUUUGUCACACAAACAAAAUGUUGAGCGCGAGCAACAAAGAAAACUCCUUCAGCAAAAGAAUGAGGCAUUGGAAUAACUUUUAUCAAUAUAUGAAUACUUUAAAACAUUAAAAAAAUGCUUUGCUUCAAAUAUCUUUACAAUGAGUUCUUGAUAACGUUAACUCUUUUAAGAAUAAAAAGAAAUCACCACAUCAGACUCUGUUUGGCCUCAGUGGGAUUUAAACUGCGACCCUUCUGGCGUACAAAGUAGUUGAAAUAAAGGCUAAAAAAAA